UCUUUGGGGCAUUUACGAAGUUCGAUAUUAAUAUAGAGAUAUUUUCAAAUUAUGUUACAUAUUAAUCAAAAAGAUGAUUUUUGAAUCAUUUGAUAAUAAAAAUAUAGGAUGACUAAUUAUGGUUGGUAUAAAAAUACUAUAAAUUAUUUUGGUUUGCUUCUAUAUAUCGUCAUUGUGUUUCAAACUAAUUCGAGAAAUUUUCCGGCAAAUAAUGUGCACAAAUUCUCAAUAAAAGACCUACUGGCUAACAAUUUUUCGUACAAAAUAUCCAAUGAUUCUCACAUGGAUCCUUGUAAAGGUGGCGCGCUAAUAGGUGAUAUUAUACUCACUGAAGAAGAAGCAUUCGAUAUGUUUAAUAUCCAAAAUUAUAGCGAAUUGAGGAAACAUAAACAAUUAUUUAAAAGCUGUUUAAAAAAUGAUUUAUAUAGAGAUAAACAAACUGGAUUUAAGAAUUUAAGACAUUACAGACAUAAACAAUUAUAUGACCACAUUAACAAAAAUAUAGCCUCCCGAUAUAAAAGAGCAGUUACUGCUAUUAAGAACAGAGUGUGGGAUUAUGCUGUAAUUCCUUAUGAAAUCGAUCCCAUAUUUGAUGGCAUUCACAAGGCUUUAUUUAUACAAGCCAUGAGACAUUGGGAAAAUUACACAUGUAUAACAUUUAUAGAGCGUAAUGAGAGCAUUCAUGAUGAUUGGUUUGUUUUUACAGAGAGGCCUUGUGGAUGCUGUUCAUUUGUAGGUAAACGAGGAAAAGGCAGUCAAGCUCUCUCCAUAGGAAAAAAUUGUGAUAAAUUUGGGAUUGUAGUACACGAAAUUGGUCAUGUAAUCGGAUUUUGGCAUGAACAUACUAGGCCAGAUAGAAAUGAUAACGUUCAAAUAAACUAUGAAAAUAUCUUAGCAGGGCAGGAGUAUAAUUUUAAAGAAAAGCAAAGUUCUGAAGUUAAUAGUCUGGGAGAGCCAUAUGAUUUUGGCAGUAUUAUGCAUUAUGCUCGUAACACUUUUUCCAAAAGCACUUACUUAGACACAAUAUUGCCUAGGUUUCCAGGAAAAGAUGGAAAAAGGCCUGAAAUCGGACAGAGGAUACAUCUGAGCGAAGGUGAUAUCCGACAAGCCAAUAAAUUGUAUAGCUGUCCAAAGUGUGGUUCAACUUUACUUCGCCCAAAGGGUGUUAUUCAAUCUCCUGUCAAUACAAAUUUAAUCAAUACAUUAAAUGGUAUGAGCGAUUUUAUAUGUCGAUGGCGAAUCUCUGGGACUUACGGCGAAUAUAUUUCUCUAAACAUAACGGAAUUCGAUAUACCCGAUAAUAAAAAUUGUGAAAACGAAUAUGUGAUUAUUAGAGAUGGGUAUUUUAUUCUCUCAAAAUUAUAUGGUGUGUAUUGUGGAUUUAUAAAAUUGCCAUUAAUUAUUACAUCAUCAAGUAAUAAUUUGUGGGUUGAAUAUAAAUCAAACUCUCCAAAUCAAGAAAAUUUGGGAUUUCUUGCAAAUUAUGAAAUAUUCUGCGGAGGGGAUAUUAGGUCAGACUUUGGUUACUUAAGAAGCCCCAAUUUUCCAGAUGAUUAUUUUCCAAAUAAAGAUUGCAUUUGGAUAUUAACAGUUGAAGAAGGAUAUCAAGUGGCUAUUACUUUUCAGACAUUUGAAAUUGAAAAUCAUGAUAACUGCGUAUACGAUUAUUUGGAAGUAAGAGGUGGAAAAACUAAUGAAGCUCCUCUAAUUGGAAGAUUUUGUGGAUACAAAUUACCUCCUAAUUUAACAUCUAAUGCUAAUUAUAUGUAUAUUCAUUUUAAAUCCGAUGCUUCUGUCCAAAAAGCUGGGUUCUCUCUAAAUUUUGUAAAAGAAUAUGAUGAAUGCUUACAAAAUGACCACGGAUGUCAUCAAAUUUGCAAGAAUACAUUAGGAAGCUAUAAAUGUGAAUGCAAAAUAGGAUAUGAGCUACGUGCGGAUAAAAAAACAUGUGAAGAGGCUUGUGGGGGUUACAUUGAAGAAACAAACGGCACCUUAACAAGUCCCUCUUUUCCAGAACUUUAUCCGCCUAAUAAAAUAUGUGUGUGGCAAUUGUUAGCUCCUGAAGGCUAUAAAAUAACCAUUAAUUUUACACAUUUUGACUUAGAGGGAAAUAAUGAAGAUUGCGAAUACGAUAAUAUAGAGAUCAGGAGUGGAAAUAUUCAGCAAGAUGAUUAUUCUUUUUUACAUGCCACAUUGUGUGGCUCAACUCUACCUGCCUUAAUUACCUCGGAGCAUAAUGUUUUGAUAAUUAAAUUUAUGUCUGAUAACUCCGUUCAGAAAAGUGGAUUUGCCGCUAUUUUUUAUAGAGAUAAAGAUGAAUGUGCAAUUAACAAUGGUGGAUGUCAACAUUUAUGCAGAAAUUUACCAGGAUCGUAUCAAUGUAUAUGUUAUGAAAAUUAUAUUCUUCACGAUAAUGGACAUGAUUGUAAAGAAGGUGGAUGUCAAUAUAACAUUAUUUCAUCAUUUGGAAAAAUUAUUAGUCCAAACUGGCCAGAUCAAUAUCCAAGGAAAAAAACUUGUUCUUGGAACAUAACAAGUUUAUCAGGACAAAGAAUUAAAUUAGAAUUUGAAAAUUUUGAAGUUGAACCUCAUCAGAGUUGUGCUUAUGACAAUAUCAAAAUUUACGAUGGAUCCGACAUUACCUUUCCAUCUCUUGGAAAAUUUUGUGUGAUGCAUCUGUUCAGAGAAAGGGAUUUUUGGCAACUUAUUCCACAGUAUGUGGGGGCUAUCUAAUUAGUAAACCUUAUAAAAAAUAUUUAUUUUCACAUUCAAAAUAUGGCGAUAAUAAUUAUGGUAAUAGAGAAGAAUGCGAUUGGUAUAUAAUGGCUCCAAAAGACUACAU